AUGGCCGGGAGGAUGGAUGAAACGGUCGUGCUGCUGACAGGGCUGCUGACCGCAUUUGCUGUCGCUGUGACUGGACUCGUGUUACUGCCAGGCAAGAAUGAGUCACACAACGCCAGCAACCACCCCACACAGAACGCCCAGGAGCAUGAGUCCUCGUUUCAACAUGUGCACUUCCUAGCCACCGCUCUGCACCUCCUCCAAAUCUCCGUGAGUGAAUGUCUGCCCUUAAUGCUCUCCUCCAUCCUCGUGCCACAGGAACAUGCAGCCUCAACUGUUUGUCACAAAACCAUCCUGAGCGAGCAGGGAGUGGGAGAAGACGCUUCCGGUCUUUCAAGACACCAGGAGGCACUAGACACACUGAAAGCGACCGUGGAAGGUCGGAUAAGUGCUAUGGAAGGGCAGCUGGAGCUGACAAGGGGAGACCUGGAGGAGUCAAGGAGGGAGUCAGAGGAGACAAGGAUGGGAUUGGAGGAGACAAGGAGGGAGCUGGAGGAGGCUAAGAGAACGAAACCUGGGGGAAUAUUUGACAAGACAAGAGGAGGAGAAAGAGCGGGGGAGCUGGUUACAGCACAAGGGCAACUGCUUGAACAGAAGGAAUGCGUGUGGAAGCUGGAAAAGGAAAGAGCUGCUUUUAAAGCAGAGAUCAGUGGGCUGAGGUUAACAGCCGGUGGGCAAUCGGCAGCAGUGGAGCAGUGCCAAACACCAACUCCAAGGCAUGAGGAGCUGGAUGUUGAAGAUAAACUAAAGACGAGCAAAGGCGACGUCAAGUCAUUCUGGCAGAGGGUCCACUCAACAACGCUCCUGAAUGUGGAAGGGCUGUGUCACCUCUCAGACUCCCACCUUGCCCACGUGUCAACCAUGACUCACCUCAAGCACGUGCACAUGGAUACAGCAUCAGGCUUCACCUUGGAAGGCAUCAAGUGCCUCUACUCUCUGCCUCAACUGGAGCGGCUGGAGCUGAAGGGUAGCGCUGUCACUGACAGCACCCUGGAUGGCAUUGGGGCGGCCAACAGUACUCUGAAGCUUCUGUAUCUUAACCGCACCAAGGUGACUUGUGCUGGAAUGGUGCAUGCGGGGAAGAUGACGAGCCUGGAGGAGCUGUAUCUCAAUAGUAGUGGGGUGAGGAACGAGGGGCUGCAGUGUUUGGCUCCACUCACCAACCUCAGAAUGCUCAUCCUUCCACCAAGGGUUACCAACGCUGGCCUGGAGCAUGUUCAGCACCUAACCGGGCUGCACUGGCUGGAAUUGUGGCAUUCUCUUGUGACACCAAAGGGUGUGCAGCUGUUGAAGGGCUUGCUUCACUUGAAGCAGUUGAGGGUGGGAAGUGGGAGCAUGCUGCAGGGGCUUGUGAAGGCCGUGCUUCCAGAAGUGGAAGUGAGCGAUGCUGUGUAUCCUGGGGCUGUCAUGGGUGAUUGA